GGUGGGUCUGGGCUACCUUGCCUUUUGCGAUGAUCCAAUCUAAAGUAUCACAAAAUCAUAUCAUAAAAUAUUGAAAACAAAGUCGCAAAAACAAACAACAACAACAACAACAAAAUGAAAUUCUCUACUACGAUCAAAGCCUUACCCACUCUUCUCCUGGCUGUUGAAGCCACAACCCUUCGUGGUCUCAGUGACAACAACGACAACGACAGCUGCAAGGAGGUCCACCGUCGUCCGUUCUUUGGGCCCGGUGACUCUGCCGUAACUGUUGAUCGGGACGGUGGCUGGGGGGAGUUGGCCAGUCCCUACAGCCCCUUUGGCAUUGCAGCACCCGAUCCCCAAGGUGGAGCUGUUCGUAAGUGGCGUAUCUACUCCAUCCACUGGGACGAGAACGCGGGUGGAGACGUGAACCUCCAGAUCAAGUUUGACUUAACUGGCGACCCCAUCUUCACCCUCCCGCGAAUUGCCGGAGGAUGGGGCUGGCGUGGAGAAGGAUACAGCGACUAUUACCAAUUUGGCUCGGGGGCGGCUAACGAAACCGACAAGAGCCACGCCAAAGCCUACGUUCAGCUGAAAUCGACUUCGCCCUACAACAACCACGGUACCGUCCACUGGGCGGAAAUGGUGGCGUACGACUGCACCGAGUAGAUGAAGAGCAUCAGCAGGGAUUCGUCAGAAAUAAAAUGCGCUACCAUCCCAUUCGCAACGGCAGAGAGAAUAUAGAUUUAAAGUAAGGGUGCGAUAGGUGCGAUAGCUGUUGGCUGUUGACAUUUAUUGUUGUCUCAUUUAUAAAAAUGUAUCACUUUCUACAAGUUUGGAGAAUCCCACAGCUUUCACUGGUUUUAUUUUUGGAACUAUUUUUGGAACCCAGUUUGGUGC